CUUUUUCUCACACCUUUCAUAAUGGAUACUAACUGUGAGGACAAGUGGAGACAUAUCCUCUGCCUCUCUCUGUGUGUGUUAGUCAGAUUAUUAGUUGGUGCUAUAGGCUGAGCUUCGGCUCAUGUAUGUGUGAGCAGGCCGGCCGGUCUGUGCGCACAUGCUCAGUGAGGUUAUUUUUGCGCACAGAGGCUUUAAGAGCGGAGCGGCUGGAGGCUGAAAGCAGCAGCAGCAGAGAGAGAGAGACACAGGCAGACCCGGAGCCGGAGGAGAGCCGAGCCGAGCUGAGCCGAGCCGAGCUGAGCGGACCAUCAGCUGUGCAGUCUGAGCCAGAUGAUCCAUCACCGACACAGACCCGGCUCUGUGCUGGGCACCUGGAGCUAGGCGCAUGCAUUUGUGCCAAACGGCUCUAUUCACAACUUCUCCUCCAUAGACUCUCUCUCUUUUUUUUAAAAAAAAACUCUUGUUUCAUUUCAUUGCCGUCAUGGUACUGGGCAAAGUGAGGGCCUUGGCUAUCUACUUUGACAGUUUGAAUGAGAACAACCUGCCGGUGUUCUCCGGUGGGGACCUGGUGUCAGGGAGGGUGGUGGUGGAAGUUACCGGGGAUGUGCGGGUGAAGAGCCUGGACAUAACCGCGAAAGGAGUCGCCAAGGUCCGGUGGACAGAGUCCCGGAACGCCGGAGCCAACACGGCUUACACUCAAAACUACACGGAGGAGGUGGAAUACUUGCACCAUUACGACACGUUGAUAGGAGAGGAGAGAGAUGAGGACUGUCCAGAGGAAGGCCUGACUGUUCUGCACGCCGGCUUACACGAGUUCGCCUUCAGCUUCAACCUGCCUCAGAUGGCUUUGGCGACUUCCUUCGAAGGGAAGCACGGCAGUGUGAGGUACUGGGUGAAAGCUGAACUGCACCGUCCGUGGCUGCUCCCUGUGAAAGUGAAGAAAGAGUUCAUUGUGUUUGAACACAUCGACAUCAACACGCCGCUGCUGCUGGCCCCUCAGGCUGGUACAAAGGAGAAAACCUUGUGCUGCUGGUUCUGUGCUUCAGGCCCGAUCUCCCUCAGUGCCAAGAUAGAACGAAAGGGCUACACACCAGGCGAGUCUAUCCAAAUCUUCGCCGAGGUGGAGAACUGUUCGUCCCGUGUCGUGGUGCCCAAGGCUGCGCUGUACCAGACCCAGACCUUCUUUGCCAAGGGCAAAGGCAAGCAGAUCCAGCAGCUGGUGUCCAAUCUGAGAGGAGACCCUCUGCCGCAGGGAAAGAGUCAGAGCUGGGAGGGCAAACUGCUGAAGAUCCCUCCGGUGUCGCCCUCCAUCUUGGACUGUCCCAUCAUCCGAGUGGAGUACGCUCUCGUGGUGUAUGUGGACGUUCCAGGUGGGUUGAACUUGUCUCUCUCGUUGCCGUUGGUGAUAGGGACCAUACCUCUACACGCCUGUGCCACCCGCACAUCCAGCAUCAGCAGCAACUGCAGCACGUUAAGCUGGCUGGGCCUGCCAGAAAGACCUGAGGCACCGCCGAGCUACAGCGAUCUGGCAAUAUCAGAGUCUCACAGGCGGGAUUGCCUGCAGGGCUGUGAUAGGUCUGACGGGGAGGGAGAGGACCAGGGAUCUCUGCUAACAUACAUCACAGAGUUCAGAUAUCGGCCCCCGCCACUCUACUCAGAGGUUGACCCUUAUCCUGACCCUGUGGAGGUGUCCGCGGACGUCAGGAGACCCGACACGUGUCCGUCCCGCUGAGUUAUACUAGCUCUGGAGCUCAGGGGGCUCCUCCAUAAAACAAGACACCGUCACUCUCGGCUACAGACCUGCAUCGCCAGCUUCUCACCAGAUUAUAUAUCACGAUAAAUAAGGUUCCCUGACUCGGGGGGGUGGGGAAAGUCAGCUGAGAAGAGUAUUCGGUGACCAUCGAUUGACAUAUGGACCAGGGAUUUCAAGGCAUGCUGGAUCUUCCGUGUCCUUUGCUCAAGACGAGGCAAAAAAAAAAAUUCUCUCUGAUGCUGCAGUGUGACAGAAAGGUCACGCCGAGCGGUCGGAAGAAGCCACCUCCUGCCUCACAGUGAAUUUUGCACAUACCGUAAUUACUGUUUCUCUAUGGGUGGUUUUUAAGCAGCAGGCCUACGUGCUAAAGUAGAUUCUGUCCACAGAUGUAAACAAUAUUGUACUCUUUAAAUCGCUCUAAGUGGCACAUUUGUGACAGGACGAAAAGCUAUCUUCAGCUAAAUGAUAGUUUGAGCUUGUGACCGAGGCCUGAAAGUGUCAUCAGGUGGAACUUUUGUCUCUUUGUGUGAACAAAGCUGAAAUUCACUGAGAGACAAAAACAAUAACAACGACAACAAAAAAAAAAACAUAAGACAGAUGUUUCUGAUGAUAAAUCACAGAAAUGUGUCACAUAAAUGACCACCUCAUGCACUUAAAGUAAAGCUCAAAUCGUGUGUGAAUGUGUGUGUGUGUGUGUGUGUGUGUGAGAGAGAUUGAGUGUGUGUGUGUGUGUGUGUUUUGGUUUAAAUGACCAGGUUUAUACCCAGACAGGGUCUAGCGAAAAAGCACAACUCUGACCAAGAUAAAAUACCACAAGUAGCCUGUUGGUUUCUGCUCUGAACUAAAGCUUCUCUUGCUGUAGAUUUUUUUUUUUUUUUUUUUUUUUUUUCCAGAAUAUGGAUGUUAUUAAGAAGCUUACGACAAGAACGGCAUAAAAGCAUAAAAGAUAAAAAUGUUUACAGAUGAAUAUAUCAAAUUGAGAAUGUUGUUCAAACAUGACUUCUUCCACCUAAAACUUCAAAGUGCAAUAUAUUUUUGUAUUUGUGAUUUUUUUGCACUAGUUUUUUCAUAUACUCUGUUGCUGUUUAUUCCAUUUCUGUGCAUUAUAUUAUUGUCAUGAUCUUAUUGCUGUCAUGAUCAACUUUUGAUAAAAAUAAAAGGUUUAUUUUAUGAAAUAA